AUGGUGGGGAACUUCCAGCAAAAAGAGUUAGAUAUGAAGACUGAAGUCGAAGAAAGGAACAGUGACACUGACAAUGAGUGGAAAAUGGCUGGGCUGGAUUAUAUGUGGCAGCUCACCUACAACAAUGAUGAAGAGGAUAUGCGUGAAAAGAGACAAAAGUAUUUAGAUCUGGGAAAGUACGUGGAAAAAGAGACCAGUGAGUGCUGCGCAGGUUGGGAAGGACCUCAGUGCAUGACACCUAUCUGUCGUAACCCGUGUAAUCAUGGCACGUGCACGGACACCAACAAGUGCACGUGCGAGGAAGGAUGGGGCGGAGACGUCUGUGACGAACAGUCUGGAGAAACCUACUGCUACUCAUCUUUUGACUGUGAUGGACAGAAAACGGAGCCGCUAGCAACAGAUAAAGCAUCUUGUUGUUUGGUCAAUGGAAUGUCCUGGGGAAACCAGAUGGACCAAUCCUGCUCGACCUGUGAUGAAGGGAACUUUACAAUAGUGGACACAAGUGAAGUUAACAUCCUGACCUGCACGCACUCUGGAGAAACAAACUACCGGACAUUCGACGGUGUACGCUACAUCUAUAAAACAACAUGCAAGGUCACGCUGAUGAAGACAGACCGCAUGCAGAUCACAUCUAAGACCGACUGUGAUCCACUGGACACCUGCAAGUGUACUCAGGAAAUAGUUGUGCAAAUCUCCGAUGGUCAGACAUUCAGAGAUUACACGUAUGUUGACGGAAUAGUGAACAACAUUAUGCCCACUUCUACUGUUGUCAACAGAGAUGAUAUAAGUUUUUAUCGGAUGUCUGAGAGUGUGUAUAUCAGUACAUCGGUUGGCUUCAAGAUUCGGGUGGACAGUGAUGGAUUCGUGGCUAUAUCUGUGGAAAAGGAGGUUCUGAAUGGGUUGAUAAUAACCGGCAUGUGUGGCAAUGCCAAUCUGGAUAUACAAGGUAAGUCUUCAGUAGAAAAGAAAGUUCUGAAUGGGUUGAUAAUAACCGGCAUGUGUGGCAGUGCCAAUCUGGAUAUACACGAUGAGAAAAAACUAGCAACCAACCAAUAUGAAGCAAACAAAUAUGGUCAGAUAUACACAGACUCCACAAGUUGUGGAGCCAGUUUACCUGAGUGUGAACCUGCCCAAGCAGGUGAUGCUGCUAAUGCCUGCUCCCUGAUACGCUCACGGAUUUUCGAGUCCUGCCAUGAAGCCGUUCCAUACCAAACAUUUGAGGAGACAUGUCAGAAGGCGUAUUGUACGGCAACCCUGGCAAAGAAGGACGCAGCUCGAUGUGACGCAAUACAGAACUAUGCCACUGAGUGUUCUCUGCAGUAUGUCGUCAUCACCUGGAGAUCGUCAACCAUGUGUCCUAAGGAGUGCCCUCGGAAGAAUCAGUACUACACACAGUGUAUGACCGUGUGUGAGCGUAAGUGUGGACUCAGUCUGAACGUGGUGUUGCAGAAGGAGGAAUGCCUCAUGUGUCACCCUGGAUGCACGUGCGACAUCGGCUUCUUCGAGGAUCACUUCGGCAACUGUAUUGACUCCACUAACUGCACCUGCAAAGACAGAAACCAGAAAAUAAUCCCGCCUGGAGCAUCAAUCACCCUGGAAAAGCCUUGUCCACAGUCGUGGUAA